CCGCUCUUCACAACAUCAACACUUCCACACUCAGAUUCUAUACCUACCUCGAUUGUCUAGACCUACUCUUGGUCGUCUACUUGAUCAUGACGAGCCAGAACUACGUCGACCAGACCACUAUGCAUACGGACGGACUGUCAGACCCUAUGCCCAGCAGGCGCACUUCAGUGGCACAACCUCCUACCACAAUCUACCCAGAUCUUAGAAGCCCUCCUUUUGCGGUCACAACUUUCAGCCAUCAGUCGCAACUCGGUGAAUCACACAUGUUGACCCCAGCAUCUGGUGGCGGUUCGCCCUGCAUCCAACAAACGUCAACUCUUCCCCAGUACCCUUCAGCAAUGGCUCCCAUGCAACCACAGUCUAGUCCUUCCGGUCCCGCGAGGAUGGCUUGGCCGCACCCUGUUGCCCUGAGCGCUCCCCAGAGCCAAGUUGGCUCCCCUAUGCCGAUGAACCCUCCCACAACAGAGAGUCAAUUCGACAUGAACUACAUCCACGCAGAACCUGAGCACGAACGCGAACCUCCCGAAGACUACUACUUUGGUAACUACGCUGUCUCUGCGCCAUCUCAAUCGGACCAGGGCUCCAUGUCCCCUCAGGUGCCACCCAAUAACUACUACUUGUCUCAACACCAGCAGCAAAUGAUGCAGCCGCAGCCUAUCAUGGGUGAACUUUCCAUGGGACAAAUUCCUCAUCCUUCGCAAGCCCAUGCACAGUACUAUCCCCAGCCGCCUACUCACACCUGGGUGGAGGAUUCCGAUAUCACAGCUUUCAAGUCUGAAGCUACCAGGAGACGUUACAUGGGAUACGCCCUUCCAAGCACACAGAUACAACGCCCCGAAUGCGUUCGAGGACCUAGCCGAGCCCGUCAAAACACCCAACAAGCAGCGGGCCGGACCCAAAGAAGCCCCCGCCUUAGAAGUCGAGCAGGAGAGUCCGAGGCAGAAUCAUCUGAAGACCCAAUCGCCGAUGACGAGAUGCAGCAUAUCGCCUUGCUCCCCGAUGAAUUUGUCAUCAGGCCGGAUUGCCCACCAGACAUCGCAUUUCUCUUCGAGCGCCACAGAGGCUUGAUAGCCCAAGGCGUCAAGGGUACCGGAAUGUGGGAGAUAAUCACGAGCGAGCACAGAGAGAGGUUCGGAAUGACGAGCACAUCUGCACGUUUGCAAAUGCAAGUGACAAGAGGAAGAUCCAACUUCUUGCAGUGGUCACCCAGAGAUAAACAUUACCUCAAGGAAGCUUUCGAUCACGUUGAUGCAUUAUAUUUCAAGAUGGUUCAUCGCAAGUUUAAGGAGCUCGGCGGCGGACAAACAACUGCUUGGGGCACAGGUGACGUCGAGUACAUGGCAGUCGAGCGUGGCAUGGUAGACUCGGGCUACACGCCCUUGCCUACUUCUCAACCAGGAAAGGCCCGGAGAGCAAGGAAGCUACAAGCCCGUACCCGUCUGAGGGACCCCGCCACAAGCAGUGCUGUCCUGCUUGACGACACAGUCGAAUCACAACAGAAUCCAGAGGAGCGUCAACAAAUUCUCAAUGAGAUAUACGAGUACCGCGGCGAGGAUAACGACGACGGUGUCGACGAAGACCCCAUGUUCACGACGGUGCCCAGAGCUCGCCCACGAGGCCGCCAAGUAGAGAUCAAGAUGGAAGUGGGAAGCCCAGAGGAGGAGACGGCCGCCUCCUCUAGUAAGGCCAAAGGCAAGCAGCCUGCCAAAAGAAGAACGCCGGCAAAGCCUAGGGCCGUCAGAGCACGCGUGGCACCAAAGCCUAAGUUGACUUGAAGAAUCGUCAAGAUUCAGACAAGAUCAACGGCGCAAACAUCAACACCACCUUUGAUAGUGGCCUUCACUUCUUCCGAUGGUAGCCCCCUAUGGGGUUGGUCCCAUCAUGCUAUUCCCGAGCCCAAGCGGCUGAA